CCAGGCUGUAGGCUGAUGUUAUCUGAGCCUUGUUCCCGUGUCCACAGGGCCCCCGAGGUGCUGAAGGACCUGGCCCCCGGCUCCCAGCCCCCCUUCCUGCUGUACAACGGGGAGGUGCGGACCGACACCAACAAGAUUGAGGAGUUCCUGGAGGAUACGCUCGCACCGCCACAGUAUCCAAAAAUGAGCACCCACUACAAGGAGUCCAACACAGCCGGCAACGACAUCUUCCACAGAUUCUCUGCCUACGUGAAGAACCCCAACCCCUCCAUGAACGACUUGCUGGAGAGGAACUUUCUGAAGAGCCUGAUGAAGCUGGACCGGUACCUGCGCACCCCGCUACCCCACGAGCUAGAUCAGAACCCCAACAUCACCGUGUCCGAGAGGAGGUACCUGGACGGCAACAAGCUCACACUAGCCGACUGCAACCUUCUGCCCAAACUGCACAUCGUCAAGGUGGUGUGCUGGAAGUACCGUGACUUCGAAAUCCCUCCGUCACUGAGCGGGUUGAAGCGUUACCUUGACAACGCCUACACGCAGGACGAAUUCAUCAACACCUGCCCCGCGGAGGUGGAGAUCCUGCUGGCCUAUCACUCCGUGGCACAGUACCUGAGAAAGUGAAGAGGGGAGGGGAGGGGAGGGGGACGUCUGAACCCCAUGAACACAGAACAAGGUGUCAUAUAUAUAUAUAUAUAUAUAUAUAUAUAUAUAUAUAUAUAUAUAUAUAUAUAUAUAUAUAUAUAAAAUACACAUUUGGUGUGUAAUGCAGCUUUCCUUGCGCAGUCUAGUUUAGAAACAGCAGCUUCAUUUUCAAUUCAAGUCGUAUUUGAAUUGGAUCUUCUCUCUGUGUUCAGGGGCUGUGUCUGUAGCUGGGGCAGGCAUUGAUUUGUGAACUUGUUGACAAAGCCUGCCAAAAUCAACAGGACAGUAAAAACAAAACAAAACAAAAAAAAAAGGUUUGCUAUAAACAUAAAUUUUUAACCACAGUCAAAUCUCCACAGAAACUGGACUGUUUUUUUUAUGGUCUAGACAGUGGCCGAUCCUAAUACCACGCCAUUAAAAUCACUAACAUGUCCCCCACUGUAUUUUAAUUAACAGCGGUAUUAAAAUACAGAGUUAAACGGGUGGCUGGUAAUUUAGAUACGGUUCUGUGAUUCCUGGUGGGCGACAGGGGGAGCAGCAGCUGUCGGACGUUUUGUAUUAUUUAUUUAUUUUUUUCAAGCAGUUCACGAGGAAUUCACAGAUUGCGCUUUUAAGAUGGUUACUUUAUUCCAUUCACGUUUAUUUGCCAAAGCAAGAGGAUUCAACCUUCAUUCCUACACUGAAAUACGAGAAAUGAUGGACAAUCCUCUCUCUUCACAACUGCUGUACCUGCAUACAGUGACCCCUGGUGGCACAGCUUGGGAAUGACCGGUCUUUGAAUUCUGUCUCCUCUCAGAACAUUUUGUAUAUGCUUUGUUGUUUGUUUUAUUAUUAUUAUAUUCAACUGCAGAACUCCCUUUACAACUCCACAUAAACCCACAUAUUUAAUCAUUUUUUAGGUUACACCCUAAACUAAUGUACAGUAAUAUUAAUCUACUUACAUUAGGUGUACUAUAAAGGAUGUUUUGCAUUGGUAAUUGCAUUGCAAUGAAGUAUUUUGAACAUAGUAAAAUGUAAAUAUGUAUUAA